ACAAACAGAGCAUGCAGAUAGUAUUUUGUCAGUUGUUUUAAAUGGGAGGUAGUGUAUUUAGGACGAUUAAGUAUAUUUGCUGAUCGUGUUUUUCUGAUGUUUUCUACGAUUUUUGCUAGUUUGAUGUACUGGAAAAUUGCCACGUCGCGUGAAUUUUGAAUUAAUUAAUUUAUUCAUUGAUUGAAAGAUGUCAAUCUAUGCUGGUGGUGUCUCUCUCCAAGAAACUGCAGAAGUAUUGACGAAUCUUCGUAUUGGGCAGGAGAUGGAAGCAGUUGACGAUUUCUAUGAUAGCAAUACUAACACUAUGUGCGGAGCAUCACAAAAAGGUGAUUCUAUGCUACAGGGCAAAUGUGAUAACAGACACGAGCGCCCCAAGUUUAGUGCGAAAAAGGUCACGAUAAAUAUUGCAGAUGGUGCAAAGUGCAAAACUACGCGUGCAGGCGCAGUUAAAGAUCUCAUGAACUGUAUAGCGUUUCAGAAAGAACCUGAUGAAUUCAAUGACGACGAAAGAACUUCGCCAGAUUUCUUGAGUACAGACACUUCGUCGGAUGUAACAGAUGUUACGCCACGUUCCACAACCAGUGGUUGUUCUUCGCUAUCAAGAUCAGAAGAAAGCAGGGAAAGCCGUAAAAAAUUCACGGAGCAUUCCCACAGUAGUGAUGCUGAAAGAAAAGAGGAGAAGAAACCAGUACAUACACUGAGGUUUUUGAGAGAAGUAUUGGAUAGUACAAACCCCGAGACAGUUGAUCGAAAUAAUGGUGCAACACCUAAACGAAAACCUGUUAUUUGUAAGAACAUGACGUUUUCAAAGGAUCAAGUAAGAAAAAUUGAUAGAGAGAACCAAAUUUUACUAAGGAAGAUAGAAGCUAAUUUCAAUAGACGCCCAAAAUGUCCAACUACAUCAGCACCACAGCGUCCUAGGCUUUCCAGUUCAGCUGUUAAUAGACAAAGGUCACAGAAAAAAAUUGCACAAGACAACUUAACGUUACUAAAAAAAAUUGAAUGUGUUAAAAGCACCAUCAGUGCAAGAGUCAGUGUACGAAAGGUUUGACAAUAGAUUUUGUGAUUUUUGUUUGGAUUUUCCUCAUAGCCAGUGUACAAAUUACUACAGUCAAGUGAAGAUUAUAUUUUGUAAUUUUUUGUAUUCUAGUCAAAUCCAGGAAGUAUAGGUGAAUGUACAUAUAUUUUAUACAAUAUUUUUGAAAAAUAUAUUUAUAUAUCUCACUCAUGUUUUAUCAAUUUAUGUAGAUCUGUGAAUAGUUGUUCCAUUUUUCUAAGAAAAUAACACUUGAUUGAAAAGUAUUAUACCCUGUGUAAAGAAAGUGCUCAGCAUUUACAGCCAUUUUAACCAAAUGAAUGGAUAGAGAGGAGUAUUAGAUACUAGUCAUCAAUUUCCACCAGUGACAUAGGAAACUUGCGACAAAUGUGAACAGCGUCGUAACUGUAAUGUGAUAUUGGUGGCAAUAUUUUCAAACUACUAGAUAAGUCUGUCACCACAGCCUGGUUUUUAUGUUUUGUGGCUUCACUCACUCUCACAACCAAACUGGAAACAUGCACGGAAAGAUGACAUCACAGCAGCAGCCAUUAACAUUGUCACUGGUCAAAGCUGAGUACUAGUAGUGAAUAUUCCUCUUGAUCCAAAUGAAUUGUAAAAAGAAAGAACAAACAAUCAGGAAGAAAUGAGUCUGUGAACCAGUCAAUCAUAUAUUAGUAGAUAGCAAUGGUGCAUAGUUAUGGGAGGUGACUAUUUGGAAGGAAAGUAACAUAACUGUAACUCAUAGUUCUUGUACGUUAAUGUUAAUAGGACUGUUAAACCAACUUUAUGGCCGGAGGCUGUAUUUAUCUGGUUAUCAUUCUGGACUCUGCACGUAGUCGUGUACCAAUUUUUUAUGAAGUACUCAUUUACAGAAUCAGAAAUGUAUUUGCUUCUUUAACAUUGUUUUCUGAAAGAACUGUGUUAGA